AUGAAUGGGAAGGCUGUGAGGUACAAGAAGAAUGAUAAGUCAAGGGUGAAGUUUGGUUUCAAGCAAGAAGAAUGUGGCUUCAUUGCAUACUGUGCCAAUGUAAAAGGGACUUCAACAUACAAGAUUAAGACACUUGAUCCUAAACACACAUGUGGAAGAACAUUCAACAAUAGGGCAGCAACAGCUAAGUGGAUUGCAAAGGUUAUUGAGGACAGAAUGAUGAAUUCUAGUACAGUACUCCAAGUGAAGGAGAUAAUUCAUGAGAUGAGGACAAGAUACAGUGUAGGUGUCAGUUGGGGGACUGCUUGGAAUGCGAGAAAAAUUGCUAAGGAUGAUGUUGAGGGAGAUGCCCUAAAGCAGUAUACCAUGAUAACAUCUUAUGCAGGUGAGCUCAAGAGGGUGAAUCAUCAAAACAAAGCAGCUAUCAUUCUGAGAUAUAAUCCCACCACACUUCAGCCCAGAUUUGGUUGUUUUUAUAUGUGUUUGGAGGGAUGCAAAUCUGCUUUUAAAUUGACAUGCAUACCAUUUAUUGGAAUUGAUGGAUGUCACCUCAAAACUAAAUAUGGUGGCAUCCUUCUCAUUGCUGUGGGAAGGGACCCAAAUGAUCAGUACUUCCCACUUGCAUUUGCAGUGGGGUUGAUGCAAGUGUUCGAGGAAGACUUUCCUGGUGUAGAGCACCGCUUUUGUGUGAGGCACUUGUACGCCAAUUUCAAGGAGAAGUUUGGUGGAGGAACUGAGAUAAGAGACCUUCUCAUGUGGGCAUCCAAAGCAACAUACAAGGAGCUGUGGGAGGAGAAAAUGCAACAAAUAAAAGCAAUAAAUGAAUAUGCUUACAAGUAG